AUGAGAGACGCAUUGUACCUCGCUUUCGUAGCGCCUUUUCUACAAAAACAGUCGACGCGUAGGUUUACCGGCUUGAAGGUCAACGGUGCGUCGUCCGCGAAUCAAAUGUGGACCUGGAGCCGAACCACGGGACUAGAAGGACCUUCCUGCAGAGGCCAGCAAGCCUUGCCGUUUCAAAUGACAACCGCGCCUGAGACGUCCAAGGUUUCCACGCGCAGUGUUCCGGGUUGGACUGUGAGCGGGUCUACAGACGACGUCAUCGAGUUACUCGUUCCUGAGGCAAUGCGCCCUGAACUCGAGGCCGAAGCACGAACGUUGCCGCGCGUUGUGCUGACCGAGGAGACCGACCUGCAGUGGCUUCACGUACUGAGCGAGGGCUGGGCAUCGCCCCUGCGCGGCUAUAUGCGCGAAGAGGAGUAUCUGCAGUGCCUUCAUUUCAAUUGCUUGCGUUCUACGAGCGGAACUCUAUACAACCAGUCUGUGGCAAUUGUGCUCACGGUAGACGAUGCCCAGCGACAGGCCAUUGAAGCCAGCGGGCGGAACGCUAUUUGCAUUACAUGGCACGAACGGCCUGAGGAGCCCCUUGCUAUUCUCCGGAACCCAGAGUUCUACGUUCACAACAAGGAGGAGCGCUGCGCGCGACAACUCGGGACGACGCACCCCAAACAUCCCUAUGCAGAAGUCAUCUAUCGUUCAGGAAACUGGCUCGUAGGCGGUGACUUGCAAGUCCUCAAGCGCAUCAAGUACAACGAUGGUCUGGAUGCAUACCGCUUGACUCCGAAAGAACUUCGUCGUGAGUUCCACAAACGCGGUGCCGACGCUGUUUUUGUGUUUCAGCUGCGGAACCCGAUCCAUAAUGGACACGCGCUGCUCAUGACGAGCUGCCGUGAAGACCUCCUGCGUCGUGGCUACCGCAACCCGAUUCUACUGGUGCACCAGAUUGGUGGUCGCGUCAAGGCCGACGACGUACCGCUUCGAGAACGCAUCCUACAGAACCAGGAAGUGAUCGCCGAGGGCAUUCUUGAUCCAGAAUCCACCAUGCUCGGGAUUUUCCCUAGUCCUAUGAUGUACGCAGGCCCAACCGAGGUGCAAUGGCACGCCAAAGCUCGCAUGAAUGCAGGUUGCCAGUUUUACAUCGUUGGUCGGGACCCAGCUGGGGUCAAGCACCCUGAUGGCGAUCGCGACCUCUACGAUCCAUGGCACGGGAAGAAAGUGCUCCUGAGCGCGCUCGGGCUCGAACGACUCGAGAUCCUCCCGUUUCGAGUGGCGGCCUACGACAAAAAGAUCGGGAAAAUGGCGUUUUUCGAUCCAUCGAGAGCAGACGACUUUCUGUUCAUCUCGGGUACUAAAAUGCGGGCGUUUGCCGCACGCGGGGAAUCACCACCUGACGGAUUCAUGGGUGUGCGUGCGUGGAAGGUGCUCGAAAACUAUUACGCACAAAAACGAGAAGCGCAGGGGUCCUCUUGA